UACUUAGCUACAGUAACAUAGUAUACUUGGAAGUAUACUUCGUUACUUCCCAUCACUAGUCGCUAGUUCCGCUUCCCCCUUCUCGCCAUAGCGGAAUUACCAUCGAAGGGCCCAAAAAGAUAGAAGGGGGUGGAAAAAAAUUGCACUGUUAAUAGUUGUCACUUUUUUUUCUACUUGACUUGACUUAUGCCCGAGUUUCAGAUGAAGUACUGUACGUUUCUUGGAAUUACGAACCUCUUUUAAAGCACCGAGGAAGGAUCGACCACAGGCAGUCGAGGAGUUCUGUUCACGUUCCAACUACCGUGGAAGCUCUCCGUUCUACCUUCCUCUAGUGUCUGCACAUCCUGCUGUGGUGCAUGAGCACACGUGUGCUUCAGGGCUGCUCCCUCUCCGCUUGCCGCCCUGUCCGUCCUCGCCCCCCCCCCACUCCCACCCCAUCCUCCUCAUCUCCUGUGAAAACAACAAAAACAAACUCUUGUGUGAGCAAUGUGCGACAACAGCGACCCCGAGGACAAGCCCCCUGCCCCGCCGGUCCGCAUGAGCAGCACCAUCUUCAGCACCAGCUCCAGUAAAGACUCGCUGUCGGCGAACCACAGCUCCAAGCCGCUACCGUCGGUACCAGAGGAGCGAAAGCCUCGUAGCAAGAUCAUCUCCAUCUUUUCCGGGGCGGAGAAAGGUGGAAGAAAGAAAGAUCGAGACAAGGAGCGACCGGAGAUUUCGCCGCCUUCCGAUUUUGAACACACCAUACAUGUUGGCUUUGAUGCUGUCACGGGGGAGUUCACUGGAAUGCCUGAGCAGUGGGCUCGACUACUCCAGACCUCGAACAUCACCAAGUCGGAACAGAAGAAGAACCCGCAGGCCGUGCUGGACGUCCUCAAAUUCUACGACUCCACAGGCAACGGGCGGCAGAAGUACCUCAGCUUCUCAUCCUCUGAAAAAGAAGCAUUCACUCCAGGGCCACAGUCUCCAGUCAAAAAAGGUGCCGAGCCAACAUCCCCGACUAUCAAAGCCAUUGAUGACGACGAUGACGACGAAGCCCCGCCUCCCGCCGUGGCUCCCAGACCAGAACAUACCAAGAGUGUGUACACGCGCUCCGUCAUCGACCCCCUCCCCGCGCCCAGCCUGAGCACGGACGGCGAUGCGGCGUCCAAGGCCACCGACAGACAGAAGAAGAAGGGCAAGAUGUCGGAUGAGGAAAUCAUGGACAAACUGAGUAAACCUCAUUCUCGCACCCCUUCUUGUCGUGAAACACUAAAAAAAAUUAAUUCCCGUUUCACUCUCUCCUUCGUAGGAACUAUAGUCAGCAUUGGCGACCCCAAGAAGAAAUACACCAGAUAUGAGAAAAUUGGGCAGGGAGCUUCUGGAACAGUCUUCACUGCCAUCGACGUUGCCACAGGACAAGAGGUGGCUAUUAAACAGAUCAACCUCCAAAAGCAGCCCAAGAAGGAGCUGAUCAUCAACGAGAUCCUGGUGAUGAAGGAGCUCAAGAACCCCAACAUUGUCAACUUCCUCGACAGUUUCCUGAUGGGGGAGGAGCUGUUUGUGGUGAUGGAGUACCUGGCGGGAGGCUCGCUCACCGACGUGGUCACGGAGACGUGCAUGGACGAAGCCCAAAUAGCCGCCGUGUGCAGAGAGUGUUUACAAGCGUUGGACUUCCUGCAUGCCAACCAGGUCAUCCACAGAGACAUUAAAAGUGACAACGUGCUACUCGGCAUGGACGGCUCCGUCAAGCUGACCGACUUCGGCUUCUGCGCCCAGAUCACUCCGGAGCAAAGCAAGCGCAGCACCAUGGUGGGAACGCCCUACUGGAUGGCCCCCGAGGUGGUGACCCGCAAGGCCUACGGGCCUAAAGUGGACAUCUGGUCGCUGGGUAUCAUGGCCAUCGAGAUGGUGGAGGGAGAGCCCCCCUACCUGAAUGAGAACCCGCUACGAGCCUUGUAUCUGAUUGCCACCAACGGGACGCCCGAGCUGCAGAACCCCGAGAAGCUGUCGCCGGUCUUCCGAGACUUCCUCAACCGAUGCCUGGAGAUGGACGUGGAGAAGCGAGGCGGCGGCAAAGAGCUCCUGCAGCAUCCCUUCCUGAAGCUGGCCAAGCCGCUGUCCAGCCUCACGCCGCUCAUCCUGGCCGCCAAGGAGGCCAUGAAAGGCAAUCGUUAAGAAGACCACACACACACACCACGUGCCAACCAUUUCGAAUUUGUGCCAGACUGAAAGUAAAAAAUGAAAUAAAGUAAAAAAUCACUGUGAAGAAGACCAAAACAUGUCAAGCAUGAAAGACACACGUACGUGCGCGCACACGCACACACACACACAUCAUUCGCUGUCCAUAUGAAGUCUGACAAACUCUGGUUAGGACUGGGCUUGUAUUUAAUGAAGAUGAUGCCUCGUUCUAGUUUUUAGUGUUAUUGUAAUUUUUUUAAUCGACUGCCUUAAACAAAUGCAAAAGUGUUGCCUAAUGUAUUGUUGAUUUGUGUCCCUCCUGUGAUUUGUACUACCUUUUUGUAAUUUUACCUUUCUCUGCUCUGUCAGCGUCUUUUUAGUUCUUUUGAUACUUGAAUAUCUCUUUCUGUCUCUCAUUCUGUUUCAUUCGACUGCUUUUAUAGGAAACAUUUCAAGAGCACGAUGGUGUCUUUCUGUUGAAUUCACACACACACUCACACGACAGAGCUACUGUACCACGUUAGUCCUUUGAUAGCAGAGGUGCACCUUACAGGAAAGUUCAUUUUACAUGGACAGGGUUUAUAUUUUCUUCUCUAUUUGUUGAUAUUAAAAAUGGAAAAAUUGUUA